CAGAAGUCCGUUCCAGACCACCAGUAAUGAGGCCUACAAUGUAGUGAGAGGGACUGGAAGGACAGCUGAAGAUGAUUAUGAAGUACCACAAAACCUUCCUCCCCCAACCUCCCCAUCCCGACCUGCAGCUGGGGACAACACCUAUGAACCUGUCUGACACUGACACUCUGUGUGUAUAAAUGACGUUGUAGCUGAAGUAUUAUAUUUUGUCUUCACCUUUGUUUUUACUCGUUUUUAAUAAUUGCAAUUUGACAUAAUUUUUUUACAUCGCACAGCAAAGCUUCAUUAUGACGUGAUAUUUUUGUGAAUCUGAAGGUCAUAGUGCAUGCAUCCCAAAGAUGGCUCUGAAGAAGCUACGUUUGCUGGCUGCUGUGGCCGUUCUGUUUUGCGUGUACGCUGUAGGACAGUUACUGUACGUGCUCUUCGCGCUCCUCAGAAACCCACGCAAAGCGCUGAAAAGGACAGCUAGAGACAUCCCCCCGGCCUGUCUGUUGGACCCUGCUCUGGGCUCCCACGAGUACGUGACAGCCAAUGGACUAAAGUUCCACUGCGUCUGUGCAGGAGACACGUCCAAGCCUCUCAUGUUGCUGCUUCAUGGCUUCCCCGAGAGGGUGUGGUCCUCGGAAUACUCCUUCAACCACCUCACUGCAGACAUUGUCGAACUCAUCCCCGCCCUCGGCCACUCCUCUUGCAUCCUCGUCGGCCACGACUGGGGAGGCGUGGUCUCAUGGAGAGUAACUCAGAGGUAUCCGGAGUUGGUUGAUAGACAUAUUGUCCUGAACUGCCCUCAUGGAAGGGUGUUCAAGAAUUUCCUUGAGAAUAGCUGGACACAGUUGAGGAGAUCUUGGUUCAUAUUCCUGUUCCAGAUCCCGAGAUUGCCUGAGGCUCUGAUCAGUCUCCAGGACUACCAGUUUCUGGAGCAACUCUUCACCAGCCACACCUCAGGAGUCAAGAACAGAGAUCAGUUCCCGGCUGAAGUGGUGGAGGCCUACAAGUACACGUUCUCCAGGCCAGGAGCACUCACUGGACCCAUCAACUACUAUCGUGCCAUGUUCUCAUCUCCCAAGGACAGCUUGCCUCGCGAUAAGUGGACAAUUUCUGUCCCAACUCUCAUCAUAUGGGGAGAUGAUGAUCACGUGCUGCAGAGAGAGAUGGCAGACUGCCACGACACCAUCUGCUCUGACCUGACUGUGAAACAUAUUCCCAACUGCAGUCACUGGGUCCAGCAAGAUGUGCCUGACCUCUGCGACCAGUACAUGACUGACUUUCUCUCUACUAAAUCUGUUUCAAUGUAGUUUGUGUACUACUGUUGGACGUUACACAUCCUGUUAUUAUAAAGCUGCUAACACAUGAGUAUACGUUGAUAAAAGUAUGCCCGGAAUUUUCUGUUUUCCAUAUAUGGAGUGUCUUAUCUCUGCUAUCUAUCAGCCUGCGUUAACUCAGUUGCUCAGU